CUUGUUUCUAUGUAGUUCUUCAUACUAAAAAACUGUUUGUGUAUAUAAAUGUUGUAAACAAUUAUUAUAUACGUUCCUAAUUAACUGUUGCUUAAUGAAAGCUAAAUUAAAGCAUUACUUGUAGUUAUUUAAAUAAAGAUAUUAAAAAUUGUGUAAAGUGAAGUUAAAAUGUCUGGAAAAGAAAGAGGUUUGUUUCAAAUUAUUUUUAAAAAUUUUAUUGCAUCAUUUAAACCAACCCGACAUAAGCUAAUUGGUGAAGAUUAUUAUGGUACAAAAUAUUACGAAAUUGAAAACCCAAGAUCAAGAAGAAAGAACUCACCUCGAUAUUUUGUACCUGUAAAUAAAGAUGAUGACACGCAAGAAGUACCAGUAGAAUGGGAGGCAUGGUUAAGAUAUCGUCGAAAAGAUCCACCGACAAGAGAAGAAAUAGAAAAAAAUUAUCAAUUACAAAUGAUCAAAAAACAAAAUGCUGCGGAAAUAGAAGCAAAAUAUGGAUUACAAAAGGUAAAGCAAACUAGUGAAGAAACACAUACACCAUUUCCAGUUUAUGAAGAGUAUAAAAAUUAUGGUCAAGAUUAUAAGAUAAAAUAUGAUAAACAAAAGCAAAAAAAAGAUAAAUAGACAUAAAUAAAAUAUCUGAGAUUUAAUUUAAUUAUAUAUACGCUUUUAGAAUGUUAAAAUUAAUGGAAUAUCUAGUAAAUAUGUACAAACUUUAUUAUAACAUAUACUUGUGGUAUGAUAUAUAAUUUAUAUGUGUAUAUGAUUUGUGUAUAGUCUAUGAAUAAAACAAUUUAUUAAUACCCUA